AUGAAUGGCCGUCGCGAGUUGCGGAAGUUCCGCCGGGGCGAAGGUUGCGACGAAUGCCCCGCGCGUCGUUGGUAUGCUGAAAGCGGAUUUAGAUAUUGCGAGAAUGGACAUCGCAUCGAGGGUUUCAUUGAGUUCGACCAUGAGGAUGAGGAGAACUUUGGCAAUAAGGGCCACGUCGCCCGCAAGGCGAAGGAGAGGAGAGAAAAGGAACUUCGACACUUAUCGGGCAAUGCCGCCAAGGAGCUCUACCUCGAGUGUCUCCAGCUCAUUCUACGCAAGCAGAUCGCCUGGCUUGUGCGCGAGAAGAAUCUGCCUGCCGAGCUGGAGACGGUGGUGCGCGACAUGUGGGAGCUCCGCGUGCGCGAUCUCGCUGGCCUCAAAUCUGCCGGUGGCCGCGACCGAGAGGACGGCCAGGAGUCGGGCUCUGGGACCGAGGCCACGCUGUACAGCUCUCAGAGUGAAGGAGAGAUGUCUGACGUCUCGGCUGCGUCGUCGGCGAGCCAUAGGCGCAUCUGGCGCAGUCAGGUUGGCGAGCGUUGGAAGAUGCCUCGCCUUCUCGACACGCUUGCGCUGUGUUACCUUGGAACUCUGCUGCUCCGUCUUCCCUAUAGGGUAGGGGACUUUCAGCGAUGGGCCAAGGCGGACGAGAUCCUUUAUCUCGGAGCGGUGGAGGAGAUACCCAAAGAAAUGCGUGACAGGCUACCAGGCGUAUAUCACAGGACGCUCUUGACCAGGAAUGCGAUAUUUAAAGGCGCCGAGCUACAAGAGGUGGUGUUUGACCUUGUUCGUGCGUAUCAUAUCAACUACGAUAUGGUGUUUCCGGGUCUCAAUCUACCAUUGCUGCUGUAUCAGUAUGCAAAAGAGCUUGGCCUCCCUGCCGAAGUGUUUGGCGCUGUCGUGGAGCUCCUCUCCUUCCUCAACGAAGAUCUCACGUACCCUUUGGAAAAGAGGUCGACUAUCCUACUGGAUCAUCCAGAUGUGUUUCUCAUAUCUUGUAUUGUGUUUGUCACGAAACUCCUCCACCCCUUCGACAAGAUCGAGAGGGCACGCAGCGCGUCCGACGACAUAACGACUCUCAGAAUUGACUGGGAGGAAUGGCAGAGGAUAUAUGCGCCUCAUGCUCAAGAUGGCUUGAGCAGACAUGAAGUUGAGAAACUGCGCUCUGAUGAUGCCUGGCUUAUGAGUGACGCAACAAUGGACGAAUACCUCGACUGGUACCAACAGCUUCGGUUACCAGAGAGUGAAGACGGCCGCCAAAUCACCAAACUGUUCCCCCUUUCUGCAAUAGGUCGCCGAGAUAAGACGGUCGGCGACGAGGCAGACGAAGUCAUCAAUGAGAAGGCGAAAGAGGCACAGAGAAGUCUACAAAGGGUCGAGCCACAGGACCACGAUAUGAGCACUUCUAAAGACGCACCUCCCUUUGGCCAGCUGCAUCAGAUGUAUCGUGAAGAAGAAGAACUUCCGGCGGCAGCGAAGGCAUUCUAUGACAGAGCAGGGCUCGCUUCCCACGAAAAGAAGCGCGCCCGGCUCAACCCCGGCAGAACCCGACUAAAGGUUUUGGUGGAAUUUGUCACCCCCCACCAGAAUUUCGUACCAGAAUUUCCACUCUCCUUCGAUCAUCAAGCAAUUCUUCACGGAAAGCCGCCAAGAUGCAGAUGUAAGCCCUCGCCGAACGAGACCCGAUGCAUGCCAUUCGACAGUGGAACGUGGACUGACAGCGACGGAAAUAGCUUCGUGAAGACCCUGACUGGCAAGACCAUCACUUUGGAGGUCGAGUCCUCGGACACGAUCGACAAUGUGAAGUCCAAGAUCCAAGACAAGGAGGGCAUUCCCCCAGACCAACAGCGAUUGAUCUUCGCCGGCAAGCAGCUCGAGGAUGGCCGCACUCUGUCCGACUACAACAUCCAGAAGGAGUCCACCCUCCACCUGGUCCUCCGUCUCCGUGGUGGUAUCAUUGAGCCCUCCCUGAAGGCUCUGGCCAGCAAGUUCAACUGCGACAAGAUGAUCUGCCGCAAGUGCUACGCCCGUCUCCCGCCCCGUGCCACCAACUGCAGAAAGCGAAAGUGCGGACACACCAACCAGCUCCGCCCCAAGAAGAAGCUCAAAUAG